UUAUAAAAUGCAUCCUUUGGAUGAUUGGUGAGAGGUUAUACCAGGCUGUGUCUAUAUAAACAGAUCUCUUUGGCUCAUUUCAGGAGACAAGAACAGCCCUUGAUCAAAAUCUAGUGCAAAUUUCUCUGUAACCUCAACAAGCAACUUCUUGUUAGCAAGAAAUGGCUUGGAUGGAUCCUAUUUCUGUGUUGUUUGUGUUUGCCCUUACACUCGCAUUCCUUUGGAAAAGGAGCCAUUUCUGGAAGACCAGUAGCCGAAAGCUUCCACCAGGACCAUGGCCAUUACCACUCAUUGGAAACCUCCACUUACUGGAUCUCAAGAGGCCUUACAGAACCAUGUUCAAGUUCUCCAAACAGUAUGGCCCUGUCUACAGCAUCCAGUUGGGACUCCAGAAAAUGGUCGUUCUGGCGGGCUACAAGACUGUGAAGGAGGCUUUGGUGAACCAGGCAGAUGCCUUUGCCGACAGGGCUGUGAGCCCACUGUUUGAAGAGGCUGAUCGUGGCCAUGGUAUUAUUUUUUCUAAUGGAGAGAACUGGAAAGUGAUGAGGCGGUUUGCGAUAAGCACGUUAAGAGACUACGGGAUGGGCAAGAAGACCAUAGAAGACAAAAUUGUUGAGGAGUGCCGUUUCCUAGCACAGAAGUUUGAAUCUUUUGAAGGAAAACCAUUUGAGACCACCACAAUCAUGAAUGCUGCAGUUGCCAAUAUUAUUGUGGCCAUAUUACUCAGCAAGCGGUAUGAAUAUGAAGAUCCCACAUUUUUAAGAUUGCUACACUUGGCCAACGAAAACGUCCGGGUCCUGGGAAACCCCUCAGUCAUGCUAUACAACAUAUUCCCUGCUCUGGGUUUCCUUUCUGGUGGUCGCAAGAUUUUCCUUAAGAACAGGGUUGAAAUACACGCCUUCAUACAGGACACCUUCAUAGAACACCUGAAAGAGCUGGAUGUGAAUGACCAGAGAAACUUUAUUGAUGCUUUUCUAAUCCAACAGCAAGAGGAAAAGAACAAGAACCAGAGCAACAAGUUUUUCCAUAACGAAAACCUAAAAAUUGUUGUGAGGACCUUAUUUGGUGCUGGCAUGGAGACCACUUCGACGACCUUGCGUUGGGGCCUGUUGCUGAUGAUGAAGUUCCCUGAAAUUCAGAAGAAAGUGCAAGAAGAAAUAACAAAGGUCAUCGGAUCCGCUCAGCCACGGAUUGAGCACCGAGCAAAACUGCCCUACACAGAUGCGGUGAUUCACGAAGUUCAGAGGUUUGGUAAUAUUGCCCCUACUGCCGCGCCACAUGCCACCACUACAGACGUCACUCUUGGAGACUACUUCAUCCCAAAGGGGACACAUAUCAUCCCAUUAUUGUACUCUGUGCUGUUCGAUGAAUCUGAGUGGGAGAAACCCUUUCAAUUCUAUCCUGAGCACUUCCUUGAUUCCGAAGGAAGGUUUGUCAAGAGAGAUGCCUUCUUACCUUUCUCUGCAGGUCGGCGAAUUUGCGCUGGAGAGACCCUUGCCAAAAUGGAGCUCUUCCUCUUCUUUGUGACUCUCAUGCAAAGGUUCACUUUCCAGCCAGCCCCUGGGAUGUCUAAGGAAGACCUGGACCUGAGACCUGCAAUUGGAAUAAGUGUGCCUCCAAUGCCCUACAAUUUGUGUGCUUUGCCACGUUCUUAACAUCCAACCACGUGUAGCUCCCCUCUGCACUCCGUCCUCCUCUUCUGCACCUUUUUACUUAAUAAGGACACUUCAGAUGCAGCAGAACAGGACUAUGCUUUGUUACAAACCUUCAUGUUUCAUGCACUUAUCUGUGGAACCCCUACAAGCUAGAUCACAGCCAUAACUUAGUUCAAAAUUUGGACUUCACUUCUUGAAUUGCUUAUUGAAUAGAGAAAACAACAUUUCUGUGUCUAAUUUCUCAUAUUGACACAUUACAG